AAUACUUGGUCCGAACAAGAGGUGCGAAAAUUGAAAUGCAAUUAUCAAGUGGACGCCUGGUAUAAUGAAAUCGUUGAUUAUGACUAUAAUUCAACUAAACAGAGAAAAGAUUUACCGACAGUGCACUCAUGAGUCCGAGUUUACCGAACAAGAGAUCGAAAAUGUUAGACAAUAUUUAAUUAAAAGAUUUGCUAAAACGGGACCAAUAAGACAACCGUGCAAACGAUUACACGUACGUAAAGACAUUAAAUGUAUGUCAAAAGUAGAAGUCCAGAAACUGAUUGAAAUGUUUAAACGUCUUUAUGCGACCGGUUUUAUGGAUUACAUGACAGCAUUUCAUCUGAAAAGUUGGCCACAAGUGCACAAAUAUGGUGAAGGUUUGCCUUGGCAUCGAUGGUUUAUCAAUGAAAUGGAAAAAGAGAUGAUGCGUUUGGAUCCCAGUGUGACUCUACCCUAUUGGAAYUACUUUACCGAUUAUGCCGAACCACACCUAAGUAUUAUUUGGGACUAUUUUGGUCGCGCAGGUAAUGCACAAAACGAUUACUGUGUACCGGACGGACCGUUUGCUGGACARAUWGUUAAACAUCCCGAACCACAUUGUUUACGACGUCAAUGGAUAGAUGACAAGUUCAUGCAGGCUUGGGAGUCACCCGAAUGGAUCAGUACUGUCAUUGAACGUGGUUUUGAUAAACAGUCCGUUUCGAUGAGAUUGAAAUCUUUGAUGAGUUACGCACAAUCAGAUGAUGGCACCCGUAUUUCAAAAGAAAUAAAUGCAUUUAAUAAUAAAAUGAAUCCACAUUACUCUAAAAUGUGGUCUCAAUUAGGACUUGACGUCGCCUACAGCGCUCACUUUAAAGGACAUCUGUAUGCCGGAGGCUUUAAUGGUGACUUCAGUAUGCCGUAUGCUACUAACGAUCCCAUCUUUUACUUAUAUCAUGCGAUGGGAGCAGAUUUAGUAGUACUGAGCUGGCAAUUGUCUGAAGAUCUUAAUCUUGUGCCAGAAAAUUAUGGAUUGGGUCUCAAAUAUAACUCUAAUCUAAAUAAGACAGUAUUAACUAAUUUGGAAACAGAUAUGUUAACCGAUUUCACCAAUACCUCAAUAAAAGAGACAUUUCAGAUAGGAUUUGGCGAAUUAUGUUAUAUUCACGACCACUUUGUCCGACCCAUCAAUCAUUUGAUUAAAGGAGUCAAACCAACGGUUCCCGAAGCUAUCAAACGACUCAAGACAUCACUACCGGACAAAUUAUUUGAAAAAUACUUUCCAAAGUUUGCUUUAUAUCCCAAUGAGGUUACGUUUUUCGACUACCUAUUCCCUGAUGUAGACAAUUGUGCCAAUGUUUGUAAGCCAAUGCCAAUCGCUAAACGUUUUGUCGAUACACCUGAAGGUAGACGAGUGUGGGAUCUAUUCAAAAAUGCAUUGAAUUUGGAUAUAACACACGCAAUAAAGACAUCGGAAGACAAUUAUCUAACAUUUAUGCAACAUUUAAAUGAAAGCAAUUACUGUUCACCAUAUGUUGUUUAA